UGUCAGAGGUGGGGGAGAGGGUUGAUGUUUUACGGUGAGUCAGGAACUAAAGAUAUAUAAGUGCAAGACAGCCAGUCCUGCAACUAGAUGCCGCAUGCAGGUCAGAGUGAGACAGACAGACAGACAGACAGACAGAAAUUCAAGUAAAACCAGUUCUCCAACUGGCUCCUGCACUUUAACCUGUACAAGUGCAGUCGUGGACUGAAUUACUAAGAAGCUGAGCUGCAAUCUUCAUCACUUUUCCGCUUGUCAGCUGAAGGUAAGAUGGUGAUGACGGUCAUCCCUCGUCUUGUAAACGCAGCUGCUGUCUCUCACCUGUCCUGUCUACACCUGGCCUCACUGUCAUCUCUACAGUCAAGGAGAUGGACAUCAGAUGGUCUGGCGAUGAAAACUGUACGAAGAGGGAUGUCAGAAACUGCAACAGACGUUAAAAGAACGUCAGACGGCGUGGGGACGUCAGCGACUCGGAGAGGGAUGUCAGGAGACAAGAAACAUUCCUUUCAAUACUUCUGGCAGCCAGGUUCUGGUUACUAUGGAGAAAGUCUUGGAAGAGUGUCAAAAGUAGCCACUGACAUCUGCGAGAAUUUUGUUUUGUCUCAUAUAGACGCCGUGCCGGUACCUUCACCAACAGGAGUCUUCACCAUUGGUGACUAUGGAACCUGUGAUGGGUCGGUGUCCCUACAACUGAUACACAAGAUCAUCGACCACUUAAGAAACAAACAUGGACCCGACCUGAAGAUUCAGGUGUUGUACGAAGAUCACCCAUCCAGCGACUACAACAGUCUCUUCAAAACUAUUUACGGUCAAACAUCAUACCUAUCCAAGUUCAACAAUGUGUUCCCUAUUGUCUGUGGCACUAACUUCUACAAGCAGUGUGUACCUGACAACACCUGUGAUGUCAUUAUCUCCUUCAUAGGUGUUCAUUUUUUGAGUGAGGAGAGUUAUGUGAGAUGCUCCAAUACAAUUUUCCCCUGGCGGUCGACAUCAGAAGAAGAGAUGCGAGCUCAUCGCGAGGCUGCAGCACGUGACUGGCGGAAGUUCCUCCUCCUGAGAGCAGCAGAACUCAAACAGGGUGGACUUCUCUUCGUUACGCAGCUCCUUACAGAACUCGGAGACAACACCUCACAGUCUCGUGAUACCAACAGUUCUGUGACAAACAUCACUGAUACUAUAGAGAACGGGAAGGACAUUUAUAGGAAUUUGGAUUUGGCAUGGAAUGAUCUUCACACAAAUGGUGUGAUAACAACAGAGGAGUUCCAGUCGUGCACUACCCUGCAGGCUUAUCGGACUUUACAAGAACUAAAAGAUCCUUUCGAGGAUGCCGCCAUGUCUCCAGUCCGACAGGCUGGUCUCAGGAUAUUAAAGGGUCCAGAAGACUUUUUCUCUCCUUGUUUUAUGAAGACAUUGUGGCGAGAAAAGCUACAGACAGAUGGAGUUGACGACAGAAAGAUGUUUGCUCGUCGUCUGGUACAAGCAUACAGACUAGUCUUGGAUGCCACCCUGAGAAAUACCCUGGAGAAAACUCGGACAGCUGAGGAACAGUCGGAUAUCAUGGAUCAGCUCUACGAAUGUUUCGUUGAACGGGUGGCCGCGUGUAACCCAGAAACUUUCCAAAGUGAACCCUAUGUGGGGCGGCUUGUCGCACAGAAAUUAAAAUGAACAAUCGGUAAUUGUAGACCACAACUUCUUGUAUUUUUCCUAUAUAUACAGAGCGACCUUUUCAUCGCCAUUGUCUGAAGAAACAUUGUCCAGCUACUGGUUACUCAAUCACAGUCGACUAAAGUGUUAACACGAAGUCCUGUAAAUAAAGUCAUGAGUUCAUCAUUAUUUCUUAACCAUAAUAUUUCAUGCUUUAUCUAUUUAUUUACCCAAUCAGAGUUUGCACUACAGCAUUUGAGAAAACAUCGUUUAAAUAAGGCUUUAAGUGAAAUAAAAGCAAAUC